AUGAAGAGCUCCAGAAAUGUCUUCUAUCUUCUCUUCUUUCAUGCUGCUCUCAGCCUGGAACGUAUCCGGUGGUGCACUGUCUCUCAGCAAGAACUUUCCAAGUGUAAUGACAUGAGUAAGGCCUUCGGUGGGGCUGGCAUCCUUCCCCCUCUGGAGUGUACAGAGGGGGGGUCAGCUGCUAACUGUACCCAGAUGAUCAAGGAUGAUUUGGCAGAUGCAGUGACACUGGAUGGCCGUUUGAUUUACCAGGCUGGAAAGGAGCAUGGUCUGAAACCUGUGGUUGGAGAAGUAUAUGAUCAAGAGAUUGGAACUUCCUAUUACGCCGUGGCUGUGGUGAGGAAGAGCUCCAACAUCACCAUCAACAGCUUGAAGGGUGUCAGUUCAUGUCACACAGGCAUCAACAGAACUGCAGGCUGGGAUGUGCCAGUGGGUUAUCUAACUGACAGUGGGCGCCUGGCAGCAAUGGGAUGUGACCUUCCAAAAGCUGUAAGUGACUAUUUCAAUGGAAGCUGUGUUCCUGGAGCAAAUGGCGUAAACUAUCCCAAGUCCCUCUGUCAGCUCUGCAAAGGGGAUUCGGCUGGGCAGAACAAAUGCGAACGAAAUUCUCGAGAGCAAUACUAUGACUACAGUGGGGCUUUCAGGUGUUUGGCUGAAGGUGCUGGAGAAGUCGCUUUUGUGAAGCAUAGCACAGUGCCUGAAAAUACAGAUGGGAGAAGUCUUUCUCCAUGGGCCCAGCGGCUUCGCUCCCGGGACUUCCAGCUUCUGUGCCGCAAUGGCAACACAGCUGAUGUGACAGAGUGGAGAACCUGCCACCUGGCCCGAAUCCCAGCUCGCGCCGUGGUUGUGCGGCCUGACACAGAUGGGACAGUUGUCUUCCAGCUCCUGAACCAAGGACAGCAAAGAUUUAAUGGGGUAGGCACCAAGUUUCAGAUGUUUGACUCUGCAGCCUACCGUGCCCAGAAUCUUCUGUUCAGAGACUCCACCACAGAGCUCAUUGCAAUCACAGCUCAGAAUUACCAGGCGUGGCUGGGUGAUGAGUAUCUUCAUGCCAUGCAAGCCCUGAGCUGCGACCCCAACACAUUGCCAGAAAGCCUGAACUGGUGUGUUGUAUCCACUGAGGAGAUUUGGAAAUGUGGUGAAAUGGCCAUUGCCUUUAAGAAAAAGAAUUUGAAACCAGCAAUUCAGUGUAUUUCAGCCAAGACAAAGGAACAGUGCAUGGAGCUGAUCCAGAAAAAGGAGAGUGAUGCUGUAGUUCUGGGUGGAGCUGAUAUUUACACAGCUGGGAAGACAUAUGGCCUUGUACCAGCUGCUGGAGAAAGUUACUCUGCUGAUGACAACAGCAACGCAUACUAUGCUGUGGCAUUAGUGAAACGAAAUCUGUCCAAUGCAUUCACCAUCAGUGACCUGAAAGGGAAGAAGUCCUGCCACACAGGACUGGGGAGAACUGCUGGAUGGAAUAUCCCCAUUGGUCUGCUAAUUAAGAGGGGCGUUAUUAAGACCAGAGACUGUAAUAUUCCUGAAGCUGUGAGUGAGUUUUUCUCUGCCAGCUGUGUGCCUUCAGCUAAGCAGGACAAUUACCCAUCAAAACUCUGUCAGCUAUGUAUUGGAGAUGAUAGUGGAAACAAUAAAUGCAGUGCAAGUAGCCAAGAACGUUAUUACAGCUACAGUGGAGCCUUCAGGUGCCUGGCACAGGACUCUGGGGAUGUGGCCUUUGUGAAGCACUCGACAGUGUUUGAGAACACAGAUGGUAAAAACACUGAUAGUUGGGCCCAACACUUGAAGUCCAGUGAUUUCCAGUUACUGUGUCCAAAUGGUGCCCGUGCUGAAGUCACCCAGUUUGCUGAGUGUCACCUGGCUCGGGUGCCAGCUCAGGCCGUUAUGGUUCACCCAGAUACCAGCGUGUUUGCUCUGUAUGGACUACUGGACAAAGCCCAGGUCUACUUUGGAAAUAGCAGCAAUGGAAAUGGAUUCAAAAUGUUUGAUUCUUCAGCUUUUCAAGGAAAAAACUUGAUCUUUAAGGAUUCUGCUGUUGAGAUCGUGCCAGUAGAAGAGAGGAGGACGUAUGCAGAAUGGCUGGGGAGUGAAUAUAUUGAGUCCCUUGAAGGGAUGCAAACACCACAGUGCUCUGGGGCAGCUGCCACAACAACAAAUGUUGCUGUGCUGCUCGCAGGCACCGUCCUCCGGACUACAGCUAUCACUCACCUCGUGAUCCUGAGAUGAAAAGACAUUUGGCAUAAUAAACUGGUAAAAUCAGACAAUAAUAAUUAAAUAAGUGAA